AUGGCGGGGAAGGUGGCGGCGGCUGAGCCCCUGGGGCGGACGGCGGAGGAGGCGGCCUGGGCGGAGACGCUGCGCGGGGCCUGCGAGCCCGAGCACCACUGGCGGUACCGCCGGGAGUUCCUGCUGCGCAACGUGGGGGAGCCGCCGGCGGCGGGCAGCGCUCAGCUGCAGCGCCUGGUGUCCCUCUCCAUGGUGUGGGCCAACCACGUCUUCCUGGGAUGCCGGUACCCGCCGCAGGUCAUGGAGAAGGCGCUGGAAAUGGCUGAAGGCAUCCAAGUGACCGGCGCGCCUGUCCGCACCACGAGAGACGAACUGGUUGCCAAGGUGAAGAAAAGAGGCAUAUCAAGUAGCAAUGAAGGGCUAGAGCAGCCCUCCAAGAGACAAGCUGUUGAGAAAAGCAAAGACUCUAAGGAUGCUGGAAAGGAUGUGAAAACAAUCAAGGCAGAAGCCCUGAAGGAAACAGAGAGCACAUUGCCAAAAAAGCAAGAAAAAGGUACUAGCAAAGAUCCAGAAACUUCCCAGUCAACUUGCAGCUCAGAUCAAGAAAUGGUCGUAGCAUCAGACAUAGAAACAGAAGGGAAACCUGCUAAUGCUGAAAAUACUGCUGAGCAAAAGUCAUCCUCAUCUGAAAAAGAGCCAGGAAAGAAGCCUGUCUCAAGCCCAUCUGAAGAAAGCAAGUGCGAAAAUGUGCCAUCGCCUGAAAAGAAAACUACAGUAAGUGUAGCGCCGCUGGCUGCCAAAAGCACCCUGCAGCCAGAGGCAGUGGCGGCAGCAGUGCCACCAGCUGCCAAGAGCACCCCACAGGCAGCAGUCGUGGCAGUGGCAGUGCCAUCAACCUCCAAGAGCACCCCACAGGCAGCAGCAGUACCACUGAUUGCCAAGGGCACCCCACAGACUGCAGCAGUGGCAGCAGCAGUGCCACCAACCACCAAGAGCACCCCACAGGUAGCAGUGGUGGCAGCAACAGUGUCACCAGCUUCCAAGAGCACCCCACAGGCAGCGGUGGUGGCAGCAGCCAUGCCACUGACCACUAAGAGCACCCCACAGGUGGCAGCUGUGCCACCAACCACCAAGAGCACCCCCCAGACAAAUGCUGCACUGCUGUCUUCCAAAAACCAAGCGAGUACCCCAGCAGCAGUGUCCAAGAGUGCUGCUCAAGUGGGCAGUUCACUGCUUCUGGCACCCAAGAGCAGCACUCCGGUGGGCACCUCGCUGCUCCUGUCCCCCAAGGGCCCCGCUAAGGUGGGCUCCUCGAUUCUGGCCUCCAAGAGCAGUGCUGAGGUGGCCGCCUCGUUGCUGGCCGCUCGGAGUGGCGCGCAGCCAGGAUCCUCACUGCUCGCUUCCAAGAGCAGCGCUCAGGUGGCUGCCUCGCUGCUGGCUGCCCGGAGUGGAGCUCAGCAAGGUCCCUCCUCCCGGGGUGGAGCUCAGGCAGGUGCUUCCCUGCUGGCUUCCAAGAGUGGCUCACAGGCAGGUGAAAGCCCUGCUAAGGCUUUGUGCAAACCAUUAACCAGUGAAGAUGCAAAGGAAAGACAGCCUUUUUUUAACAGACUCUACAAAGCUGUAGCCUGGAAACUGGUUGCUGUUGGAGGCUUCAGUCCUAAUGUAAAUCAUGCAGAACUUCUAAACUCAUCUAUUCAGUCCGUAAAAGCUACAUUAGAUGUUGCUUUUGUUCCCCUGAAGGAACUUGCAGACCUGCCUCAAAAUAAAAGCUCUCUAGAAAAUAUAGUUUGUGAACUGAGGUGCAAGUCUGUCUACUUGGGUACUGGCUGUGGUAAAAGUAUGGAAAAUGCCAAAGCAGUGGCUUCAAGAGAAGCUUUGAAAUUAUUCCUCAAGAAGAAAGUUAUUGUGAAGAUAUGUAAAAGAAAAUACAAAGGCAGUGAAAUUGAAGAUUUGGUGCUUCUGGAUGAAGAGUCAAAGCCUUCAAAUUUGCCUCCAGCUUUAAGAAAUCCUCGUGAGAUCUUGUAGGGGAGAAUCACUGUUUCUACUGUGUAUAGUAUUUCAAUACAAGGACUGAAGGUUAAUUUUGUACUUUGAAAAUGUAGGCUUCCAGAUAUUUUGUAUUUCUUUCUCAGUUUUGCAAGACAAUGAUAGUUCUUUCACUCAGUAGCAAUUGUAUAAAACUUGUUAGAGAUGACAAGUGUGCAUUUAAAGGUAUUGCCUUAAUAUACAGCACACUAGUGUGCUGUUGUAUUUGCAAAAUAGUCUACCUAACUAUUCUAUUUUUAAUUAAAGUAUUAAGGUACAAUUUGCUGUAAAACCUGACAUUUUUGUAAUUCUUACAAUUUGAUGGCAGUGUGCUCAAUUGUCUACCAUGUCUUUUCUAGCCACAUAGAAGUGUGUACGUAGGGACCAUAAUACUUGAAUGAUUGAAGGUUAUUUAAAAAUUUCAAUCAAAAAGUUGGAUUGUCUGUUUCAGGCUUGUUCCUCAUAAUGUUCACUGUUGAUCAUAUUAGGAGAGAAAGUAGUUGGUUGACUAUUUUUAUGGGAUGUUUUCAUAACACUUGCAAUAUAAGUGACACCCUGAUCCCAUUUAACAUUAUACUAGCAGGUUAGAGCCACAGCGUCACACUGGUGACUUAGUAAUUAGUCAAGUCACAG